AUGAACGUCAAAGCGCUAGUAUUUUUACCCAUUCUGGUCACUGCUAUGACUACCAAACCAAUUAACAAAUGUCGAAUAUGUGAAGAGAUAGUGUUACUGUUGAGACUUGCUGUCUCCAUAGGAAUAAACGCCACACCUGAGGAGCUAAUGGAGUACAAAUGCGACCUGUACGAAAGUGAAAAGGCAAUGCAAUUAUGUGUCGACGUAGUUACCUCAUUCUCAAUUAGUGGAAAUGCAAUCCAGCAUUCUCAGAAUUUAGCGAAUAUUACGGAAUGGGAAAAUGAAUAUCGAAUUUGUACACAGGAUCUUUUCUACUGCAGCUGA